CUGUCACGUGAUCUUCGAAAUCAGACUGGCCAGUGGCCACGAAAUUUGAAAUGUGGAAACUGAUCGCAAGUGCCAGUUAUUUUUUGUGAACAGACAACAACAGUAAGAUUAAUAAAUAUAACCAUAGUACUGCAAACGAACACAGGAUUUUGGCCUCCAUUUGUUUUCCUUCCUGGCUGAAGAUGGCAUCACUCACUCACAGUGAUUUUGUUUCACUGGCUGAGGAGAAAUUUGACUUUGAUGUUUCACUGUCACCUGCAAGCUCUAAAGGAGAUUACGAUGUUGAGGAUGAGGUCUUCGUGGGUCCGGUUGGUCAUAAAGAGAAAUGCAUUUCUCAUGGAGUGGAGAUUCACAUGAAGGACAGUGUGAGCAGUGGUCCGUCUCUGGGAGAACAGCCCAGCUGGAGCCCUCUCACAGGAGAGAAGUUUGAUGAAAUCUGCAAAGAAGCUCAUCUAGUCGCCAGCCACCUCGAGCAAAUCAUCACUGACUCUGUAGCCGAGAGCAGCGUAGUGUCCUCGUGCCAACCUGAGGAGGCCGAGGCGUUCGAGGAGGACACAACAACCAAACUGAGCAUGUUCAUCAAGCCAGCUGGUGUGCUGAGUCCCAUCAAAAGAGAGACCUUUCUUGUGCAGGACAGCCCGAUGAAGCAGCUUCCACCCGCCAUUCAGAAGCAAAUGCUGAAGUCUAAAGGGAUGGCCAGGUUUGGCAAGCCACGUCUCAGUACGUCGAGUCCAGUCAGGACUGCUGUGACGCAGCCUAAGAUGGCUUCUAGAGGCAAAGUCCUUGUGGCUAGUUGUGGGGUGUUACCCAGCAAACCCACAGCCCAAAGGAACUCACGACUUUCCACCAGCACAAAACUCCCAGCAGCCACUAAAACUAGGCUUCCUCCUCCCAGCAAAGGUAAUUUUGGGCUGAAGCUCAGUCCUAGCAGUAGAAAUUCAAGUAUAGCUGGUUCUUCUGAAGACCUUCUCUCUGAUACCACCAGUGUUGCUUCUGAUGUCAGCGAUUCCUCAUUUAACACUAGUUUGCCAGGAAGAAGCAGCAUUCCAACCCGGAACAAGACAGAAAUGCGAGCUCCAUCUGCUCUUAAAGCUCCUUCACUUCAGAGCUCUAGAGUUGUGGACAGGAGGAGAAACACCUCGUCCUCGUCAUCUUCGGUGUCCAGCAUCAACUCUAGUCUAACCAUCUCUCCAGGAAGCAAAGCCAAACUCAAUUCAUCCUUAAACUCCAGCACUAACAGCAUCGGUGCUCGUUCACACAGCAGCAUGAGCAGGUUGCCCAGUUCUAGCCGCAAAUCCUCUGUUGUUACCAGAAACCCAGAGCCACCCGUCAGCAGACGGACCUCCAUCUCUACACAGGGGAGGAGAGCAUCUGAACUUCUCCCCAGGCCUGUCAAAGCUACGCCCAUUAAGAAAACGGUCCCAUUUCCGCCUCCACAGUUUCAUACCCCAGCAAAGACUACUGCUGAAAAGACCACUACUUCCAGCAUCCCUGCAUCUAAUGCUAAGAUGGGAAGUGCUCUAAGGGAAAACCCUAAACUCAAGGUCACAGUGGUGCCAACACCCACUAACUACCUGAAGGGAGUUCACAAAUCCGAGGUUUCCUCCUCACCUGACGUUCCUCGUAUCAUCAAGCCAAAGAAAUUAUUAUCUGCAUACAGUGUGGAUAGUAUUCCUGAUAAUCUAGUGGGUCUCCUGACGCCCUCGGCUAUGGGCUGUAAACUGCGGAGACCCUCGGCUCUUCCCACCCCAGUCAACCGUCGUAUCUCUGGCAUCCCUGCUCUCACACCCAAGAGCGUGUCACGCCUGAGUAAACCUUCCCAGCUCACAGAGCGCUCAUCGACCUCCAGCCAAGUGGCCACUCAUCCAAGCCCAGAACACAUGAAGGAAACUGAGAAUCAGGAAGAUAAGGAAACCUCAGUGUCAAAUGAGGAGACCUGCCCUCCAGCUGACCUCCAGCCCUGCUCCCUGGUCUUUAAUUUGGAGGAUGACCCUGAAGGAUCUCCUGCCUGUGAGCCAGCAGCUGUGGAGAAUCCCUCUGAGCCUCUGUCAUGUGAUCCAGAGCCUCCUCAGGUCGACAUGAAACCCCCAACACUUCCGAACACAGUGGACACCCAAAAACACAACCUACUCAAGAACGAAGAGAAAAAGGAUGUUAAAGAGGUUUUGCUUGUGGACGCACCUGCACCAGCACCUCAGCUGUCAGAGAAGCUGCUAAUUGAUCUCUCCAACACCCCAGACCUGAUCAAAACCUCCUCUGCAAAGCCCUGGGGAGGACAGUUAAUUGACCUGAGUUCACCUCUUAUAAAGUGGAGUCCAGAGGACAAGAAAGAAAAUGCUGAGAACGCGGCUCCACUGAUCGACCUGUCUUUUUAGAGGACCUGCAAAUUGUACUGUGAACCGUGCCAAGAAAAAAUAUUAACUUCAAACAACUAAUGAAAUGAAUCUACGAGGGAGCUUGGAUGCUGCUGUGCUUUAUUAGUCUUCGAUUGUGACCUUCUUUUUAUUUGUAUCGUCUGUCUUGCAUAAUUGUAUGUAAUUAUGGUGAUCUGCAGUAUUUUAUAGAUGAAAGUUGAAAAGGUACAAAUAAAUGUUAAAUUUACAA